UUUCGGAAAUUGCUGAGGUGACUGUCUGUCAUUCCCGUAAAUGACGGACAAAUUCUACCGCUCAAUUUCAAUCAAUCGAUAUCCGACAUAUAUUUUGUUGGGUUCUUUGAUCAUUUUCAUAGUCCUAUAAAUUGAUGAUUCUGUUAUUAUCAGAAUACCAGAAAAAAAAGAACACAAAGACUGGACUUUGUUCAUCAUCAUUGCUUCCUGUCACUUAGCAUAAAAUUGGCUGUCUGCGACCCCAAAGCUCUCUACUUUCCACAGUUUCCUUCCAACCCAAAAUUGUAUUUGGAUUUUGAAGAGAGGAAAGAGCCGCGAAAAUGAAAAUCUUAGAGGUUCCAUGCUUAGAAGACAACUACUCCUAUCUGAUCAUAGAUGAAAGCACAAAAGAGGCAGCGGCGGUGGAUCCGGCGGAGCCGCAGAAGGUGGUUGAAGCUGCCAAUCAGCAGGGAGUUGUUCUCAAGUUGGUUCUCACCACUCAUCACCACUGGGAUCACGCUGGUGGGAAUGAUAAGAUCAAGGGGCUGGUCCCCGGGAUUAAGGUUUACGGGGGUUCCCUGGAUAAUGUCAGAGGCUGCACUGAUCAGCUCCAAAAUGGUGAUAACUUACAACUUACCUCUCAUAUCAACAUACUGUCUCUUCACACCCCUUGGUACAUGCCCCUUCUCUUCUGUUUACUUGUUUGCUUAUUUCUGCCUGCCACACUUGGUUCUCUUUCUGUGUCUCAAUUUUUUGAAACCCUCUCUUUUCCCCGACUUCCUUUCGUCAGCCACACCAAGGGUCACAUAAGUUACUACGUCACUGGCAAAGAGGGAGAGGACCCUGCUGUUUUUACUGGAGAUACACUCUUCAUUGCUGGUUGCGGGAAAUUUUUUGAAGGCACAGCAGAACAGAUGUAUCAAUCACUCUGUGUAACCUUGGGUUCACUGCCAAAGCCAACUCGUGUUUUCUGUGGACAUGAGUACACAGUGAAGAACCUGCAAUUCGCAUUGACAGUUGAGCCAAAAAAUGCAAGGAUACAGCAAAAGUUAGCAUGGGCUACUAGUCAGCGACAAGCAGGUCUGCCCACCAUCCCCUCAACCAUUGAGGAAGAAUUGGAGACAAAUCCAUUUAUGCGAGUUGAUCUACCAGAACUUCAGGGGCGCAUUGGUUGCCAGUCUCCUGUUGAAGCACUCCGGGAGAUUAGGCGGAUGAAGGACAAUUGGCGAGGCUAAAUGGAGGAGUCGUCCCAGAUGUGUAUGAACUACAAAGGAAGAAGCUUUUCAAAAAAAAGAAAAAAAAACUAUAAAGGAAGGAAAAAAAAAAGGACUCUCCAUCUACCUCCUUUUCUUUUUUCUUGUAAGAAUAAAACAUGUUUGCAUGGUGUUGGAAGUGGGUUGGCAGUUAUAAUUAUGUUGCCAUUGAACAUGUGAAACUGGCAUAAUCAGGUCAACUAGGGACCAAUGUUAGUUCGUGGCAUGAACUUGUGCAUGUAUUAUAAUAUUUUCCCCGUUUGAUUGUUUUCAUUUUUCUU